CCUUCUAGGGAGAGCCACACAGGAAUUUUAACUUGUCAAAAGAAGUCGUAAAUCUGAGGGAAAAGUUCGAAUAAUAUUUGGCAAUGGAAGAGAGAACCAAAAAAGGCAAAAAGGAUACAAAAAGGAAAUAAGUACAGUUAUAGAUGAAGAAGAUUGUCAUAGACUACUAUAAAUAACAGAUUUAGAUUUAGGCCGAUCCUUCAAGAUAUACUCACUAUGACAGUGCUCCUCAAAAGAAAUGACACUUCAAAUUAAUGAACCAAUAAAAUAUAUGGCGGAUCUUUUCACUCUUUAAUUCAUGAUUGAUUCAUCGAUCGAUGUUACAAUAUCAGAUAACUUAAUUUUUACUUUAACUCGAGAUUUGAUAUGCUAAUUUAAAUACGUCAUAAUUGUGCAUUGAUCAGCAUGACAAAAUUUUAAAUUUAAAUCGAAUUAAACUUCUGAUUGAGGAAUUUGGACUUUGUCUCAACUGCGAAUGUGGCAAUCGUAAAGAAUUUGAGCGGAUGGAUAAAAAUAUUCUUUCACAUCUUUCAACUAGAAAUAAAGUUCUGCAAACUGCGCAGGCCUGUAGUUUCGCUAUCGUCAAUAUUGUUGUAUGAUUAUUCGUCGUUGUGAAGUUUUCCAAUAAUGCCCUUAACGUAUUGUUGUUGUUGUUGUUUUUGCUGUUGUUGUCAGGUGUGAUUAUAUUGCUCUGUGUGUUUCAAUUGCUCAAAUUAAGCUUCAAAGGCCGCAGAAAAAGUUCUCUUACAAUUCAGAAUGAAAUACAGAAAGAAAUGACAGGUUAAACUUGUACGACCAAGUGACGUCCUUUAAAAUACUGAAAGCCAAAGAGAAGAGCCGUACAUACAAAACCAGACACGGCGACCAACGGAGCGGAAGUUGUUCCCCUGGACAGCGAGGUUGGAAAUUCAUCAUCGGGUGAAUGUGCAUGGCACGGGGAAAAAUUCUUGAAUGAAGACAGUUACUGUCAUUUACUAAAAGAAGAAUACGGUCGCAUUCUAUAUGAACGUGAUUUUGCGAAAAGAAAUCUAACAGUUGUAAAUUACCGACUUAUUGGAGAACUACAGAAAGAGAGACAUGAAAAGAACUUUGCCACAGAUCAGCAAAACACCAUGGAACAUAUUCCCGAAGAACCGAUCAAGUCUAGCCCCCGACUGAGCUCGAAAUACUCGAAAAUACCCUUGGAUCAUCGUAGUAGAGGGGAGGACGGCAUGAGAGUCCAUCCUCGUCUUAAAGGGUAUGCAUAUCAUCAAGACAUCGUUAGUCAAGACAGUAACUCUGAAGACGAAGACAAACAGGGAGAUGAAGCAGCCAAUAAUUACACGAGCAGUUCUAAUGACGAUGACGAUCGUGGUGGUGACGAUGAUAUUGAUGAUGAUUAUGAUUUCAUUAGAAAUAGCGAAGAAAGCAAUGAGAACAAAGAUGAUGACGGAGUUAAUGACGAUGACAAUGGUGAGAACUGUGAUGAAAACUGUGAAAUUGACUAUCUUAAUGAUCAUGAAAGUAGCAAUAACUACGAUGAUGAAGAUAACUUUGCCAGCAACAAUGGCGUUUCUGCUAAAAGUUGCACAAUUCAAUCCACUCUAUAUCCAAAAGAAGAUGAAACAUUUGUGGGGUCAGCCGAAACCAAUGAGUCUUUGACGGAAGAAUUAAACGCCAACAUGCGAUUUGACUCACAGUACAGCAUUGAUGAAGACACGGGCAACUCUAGUGCUGAAAACAAUGAUGGAAGCCUAGCCAGUGGCGAUGGUAUCAGCAGUAAUAAUGAAGGUUCUUGUAAAAAUUUCAACACCAGAAGUGACAAGGAGAAAGAUAAAGACCUGAAAAAAACUAACAGCUCUGAAGUAGGAAACAAUGCAGAGCUUUCAGCGGAAAGAGAUGGUAAAGCUACAAGUCAAGGAGCAAGACCAAAGACUGUGCAACAGAAUCCAGAGCUGCUCAAUGCACUUGACACACAUUACCAGAAUGGGAAGAUACCAUCCUUAGAGACAACUGGUAUUAAUCGAAACUUUCUCGCCCGGCACUCAACAGAUCCGAAUCUUCCACAGUGCUCGUUUUCAGAAAGUCAUGACAAGCCAGUUAGCAACAAGAAUUCAAACGAUUGGACUCAACACUCUCUAACCAGAAAUAGCAGCUCCUCCCAAUUUUGGAGCCUUCCCCAUUCAUCGGCUCCGGAUAGAAGCGGGUUGAUGCUAAAGAAUGCAUAUUCCAAGGCGGUGAGUCCACGGUACCGAGAUCCGAUGCCAGUGAAUUACCAGCCUGUGACAUCAAUGACGGGGCAGUUCACUGGUGCCAGUGGCUUCAGCCGAGGCGUUGAUUCGUUUAACUGGAAUGAAAAUCUGCCAAGUAAAAAACAUCAGACGAGCUUUUCAAGUUUUGAAGACUUUUCUGUGGGAAAUGAGACUCAGACGGCAUCACCUUCACUAGGAGUUGGACCAUUGGCGCCCGCUGUGAGAUAUCCAGUCGUUACCACACCAGAUUUUCCUGCCACCACUUGGCAAUUCUCUUCAAGCACGACUUCAGGAAAUGUAGCCCCAGUUACUUCCAAUUAUGAUGUAUUAGGAAGUCAUGGACAAGAACGUGUAGGGGACUUCAACACUUACAGACCCUCCUAUGGAGAUAGCUUAGAAAAUGGUGGUUUGACUGCAUCAGAAAUGGUUCAUUCAGAGACACGAGAAGGAAGCUCGAGGAACCAUGGCCUAUUCAAUUAUCAACAGGAAGGUUCAUUUGCUUCAGUAUCGCCCAGGGACCCUUCACUGGUUUCUCUAGAACAACAAGUGGCUGAAAUCGAUAGAGUUCUUAAAGAGCGAGAAGAACGAACCAAAAAGCAGAGAGAGGCGACACAAAGACAUAGGGAUACAAGAGAACGGAGGCAAAGAGAGGCGAGAGAAAGGAAAGAGAGAGAAGAAAGGGAAAUGAGAGAACAAGAGGAGAGAGAAAGGAGGGAGAGGGAACAGAGAGAAAUGAGAGAAAGAGAAGAGAGAGAAAUGAGAGAAAGGGAAGAAAGAGAAAAUAGAGAGAGAAUGGAAAGAGAAUUGGAAGAGCGAAGAGAAAGGGAAACAACAGUAAGAGAAAACAGAACCGCAGCGGAGAGCCAUCUACUUCAGGAGACUCCACAAUGGCAGUGUGAACAUUACCAGAGGAGAUGUAGUGUCAAGUUUCCAUGUUGCGGAGUGUUUUAUCCGUGCCACCGCUGUCACAACUUAUCGGGGAUGUGCCCUGCUGAUGAUAGAAAGGCACAUCAUGCGACGCAUGUCAAGUGCGGAAAUUGUGGACGGGAAGAAGAGGUAAAUGAAGGAAGUCAAACCUGCAGACGCUGUGGCGUAAAAUUGUCAGAAUAUUUCUGCCCAAAGUGUAAGCAUUUUACAGGAGUUGACAAGAACCCUUUCCACUGUGAGAAGUGUGAAAUCUGUCGUAUUUACAAGGACAGAUCAUUUCACUGCGACGUGUGCAAUGUUUGCUUGGACAAGCGACUGGAGGGAAAACAUAAAUGUCGGCCGAACUCAGGACAUGAUGAGUGUUGCAUCUGCUUGGAGGACGCUUUCAGCGGUUGUCAAAUCCUACCAUGCUCUCACAAGGUUCACAGGGAGUGUGCCAUUGCAAUGAUACAGAAUGGCGUGAAAUUAAUAAACGAGAAACCGAUCCAGUCUAGCCCCCGACUGAGCUCGAAAUACUCGAAAAUACCCCUGGAUCAUCGAAGUAGAGGGGAGGACGGCAUGAGAGUCCGUUCUCGUCUUGAUGGGUAUGCAUAUCACCAAGACAUCGUUAGCCAAGACAGUAACUCUGAAGAAGAAGACAAACAGGGAGAUGAAGCAGCCAAUAAUAACACGAGCAGUUCUAAUGACGAUGACGAUCGUGGUGGUGGUGACGAUGAUAUUAAUGAUGAUUAUGAUGUUAUUAGAAAUAGCGAGGAAGGCAGUGAGAACAAAGAUGAUGACGGAGCUAAUGACGAUGACAAUGAUGAGAAGUGUGAUGAAAACUGUGAAACUGAAUAUCUUAAUAAUCAUAAGGGGAGCAAUAGUUACGAUGGUGGAAAAAACUUUGCCAGUAACAAUGGCGUUUCUGCUAAAAGUUGCACAAUUCAAUCCACUAUAUAUCCAAAAGAAGACGAAACAUUUGUGGAGUCAGAUGAAACUGAUGAGUCUCUAACUGAAGAGUUAAACGCCAGCUUGCGAUUUGACUCACAGUGCAGCAUUGAUGAAGACACGGGCAACUCUAGUGCUGAGAACAAUGAUGGAUUCCUAGCCAACAGCAAUAGUAUCAACAGCAAUAAUGAUAGUUCUUGUGGAAAUUCCAACACCAGAAAUGACAAGAAGAAAGCUAAAGAACUGCAAAAGACUAACAGCUUUGAAGUUGGAAACAAUGCCGAGCUUUCAGCGGAAAGAGAUGGUGAAGCUACAAGUGAAGGAGCAAGACCAAAGAUACUUCUGCAGAAUCCAAUGAUUUUUAACACAUUUGAAACAAACAACCAUGAUGGGAAGAUACCAUCCUUGGAGACAACUGGUAUUAAUCAAAACUUUAUCGCCCGGCACUCAACAGAUCCGAGUCUUCCACAGAGCUCGUUUGUAGAAAGUUAUGACAUGCGAGCCAGCGAUAAGCACUCAGACGAUUGGACUCACUCUAUAAGCAGUAAUAGCAGCUCCUCCUCACUUUGGGGCCUCCCCCGCUCACCGGCUCCAGAAAGAGGCGGGUUGAUGCCAGAGAAUGUAUAUUUCAGGGCGGCGAGUCCACGGUACAGAGAUCCAAUGCCAGAGAACUACCAGCCUGUGACACAAAUGAGGGGGCAGCUCCCCAGUACUGGUGGCUUCAGCCGAGGCGUUUACUCGCUUCACUGGAAUGAAAACUUGCCAAGUAUCAAACAUCAAACGAGCUUUUCAAGUUUUGAAGACUUUUCUGCAGGAAAUGAGACUCAGACAGCAUCACCUUCACUUGGAGUCAGACCAUUGGCGCCCGCCGUGAGAUAUCCAGCCGUUACCGCACCAAAUUUUCCGACUACCACUUGGCAAUUCUCUUCAAGCACGACUUCAGGAAGUGCAGCCUCAGUUACUUCCACUUAUGAUGUGUUAAGCAGCUAUGAACAAGAACGCGUAGGGGACUUCAACAGGUACAGGUCCUCCUAUGAAGAUACCCAAGCAAAGAGAGAUACCCAGGCAAAUAGUGGUUUGACUUCAUCCGAAAUGGUUUAUGCAGAGAGACGAGAGGAAAGCUUGAGGAGCCAUGGCCUAUUCAAUAAUCAACAGGAGGGUUCAUUUGCUUCAUUAUCUCUUAGGGACCCUUCACUGGUUUCUCUAGAACAACAAGUGGCUGAAAUCGAUAGAAUUCUUAAAGAGCGAGAAGAACGAACAAAAAAGCAGAGAGAGGCGGCACAAAGACAUAGGGAUACAAGAGAAAAGAGGCGAAGAGAGGCAAGAGAAAGGAAAGAGAGAGAAGAAAGGGAAAUGAGAGAACAAGAGGAGAGAAAAAGGAGGGAGAGGGAACAGAGAGAAAUGAGAGAAAGAGAAGAGAGAGAAAUGAGAGAAAGAGAAGAGAGAGAAACGAGAGAGAGAGAGGAACGAGAAAAUAGAGAGAGAAUGGAAAGAGAAUUGGAAGAGCGAAGAGAAACGGAAACAAGAGUGAGAGAAGACAGAAUCGCAGAAGAGAGCCUUUCACUUCAGGAGACUCCACAAUGGCAGUGUGAACACUACCAGCGGAGAUGUAGUGUCAAGUUUCCAUGUUGCGGAGUGUUUUAUUCGUGCCACCGCUGUCACAAUCUAUCGGGGACUUGCCCUACUGAUGAUAAGAAGGCACAUCAUGCGACGCAUGUCAAGUGCGGAAAUUGUGGACACGAAGAAGAGAUAAAUGAAGGAAGUCACACCUGUAGACGCUGUGGAAUAAAAAAAUCCGAAUAUUUCUGCCCAAAGUGUAAGCAUUUUACAGGAGUUGAUAAGAACCCCUUUCACUGCGAGAAGUGUGAAAUCUGCCGCAUUUACAAGGACAGAUCAUUUCACUGCGACGUGUGCAAUGUUUGCUUGGAUAAGCGACUGGAGGGAAAACAUAAAUGUCGGCCGAACUCAGGACAUGACGAGUGUUGCAUCUGCUUGGAGGACGCGUUUAGCGGUUGUCAGAUCUUGCCAUGCUCACACAAGGUUCACAGGGAGUGUGCCAUUGCAAUGGUACAGAAUGGCGUACGUAAUUGUCCAAUAUGCCGCCACCCUUUGUAUGGACAGCUCCAGCAGUAACCUCAUGAAACAGAGGAUCCAACCCAAGAUGGCGAAUACAGGCUAGAAUUCUUUAUUACCGAGUGCUUAUACUAUUAGCAUCACGGAAUGUGUACUUUGCGUUGAUUGUCAACUUUUCAUCUAAUGUUGACAAGCUGAAGAUAAUAAGAGAGACGCUGUCACUUAUUUUGUAAUCAAUUUGGAUUCAGCACUAAAAGGAGAAUGAAGGUAGAAUAUUUUUGCCAGA